ACCUAGGUGGUCCCUUGGGCCGCUGAGGAAGGAGUCGCUUGGAGCGGCGCGGGCAACUGCGAAGAUGCUGGGCCCACGGCUCCUCACCUGGGUCCUCCUGGCCGCGACUGUCACCUGCUCCCAGGCACAGCAAGUGCCGCCGUGGACAGAAGAUUGCAGAAAAUCAACUUAUCCUCCCUCUGGAGCAACCUAUAGAGGACCAGUUCCGUGGUACACCAUAAAUCUUGAUUUACCGCCCUACAAAAGAUGGCAUGAAUUAGUGACUGACAAGGCACCAAUGGUGAGGACUAUAGUGAAUUCCAUCAAGAAUUUAGUAAACGCAUUUGUGCCAAGUGGAAAAAUCAUGCAGAUGGUGGACCAAAAGUUGCCUGGCCUACUUGGCAAGAUUCCUGACCCUUUUGAAGAUGAAAUGAAGGGAAUUGCAGAUGUUACUGGAAUUCCUUUAGGAGAGAUCAUUUCAUUCAACAUUUUCUACGAAUUGUUCACCAUGUGUACAUCAAUAAUAACUGAAGACCAUGAAGGUCAUUUACUACAUGGAAGAAAUAUGGAUUUUGGCAUAUUUCUUGGGUGGAAUAUAAAUAAUAACACGUGGGUUAUUACAGAAGAAUUAAAGCCUUUAACAGUGAAUUUGGACUUCCAGAGAAACAAUAAGACUGUUUUCAAGGCUACAAGCUUUGUUGGAUAUGUGGGCAUGUUGACAGGAUUCAAACCAGGACUGUUUAGUCUUACACUAAAUGAACGUUUCAGUUUAAAUGGCGGCUAUCUGGGUAUCCUAGAAUGGAUUUUGGGAAAGAAAGAUGCCGAAUGGGUCGGGUUUAUCACGAGAUCAGUUCUGGAAAAUAGUACAAGUUAUGAAGAAGCCAAGAAUACCCUGAUCAAGACCAAGAUAAUGGCCCCAGCAUAUUUUAUCCUGGGAGGCAACCAGUCUGGGGAAGGCUGUGUGAUUACACGAGAAAGAAGAGAGGCUUUGGAUGUAUAUGAACUCGAUCCGAAGCAUGGCAGAUGGUAUGUGGUCCAAACCAAUUAUGACCGGUGGAAAAACACCUUGUUCAUUGAUGACCGCAGAACACCUGCCAAGAUGUGUCUAAAUCGUACGACACAGAAGAAUCUCUCGUUUGCAACCAUGUAUGACGUCCUAUCAACAAAACCUGUCCUCAACAAGCUGACUGUAUUCACAACCUUGAUUGAUGUUACCAAAGGUCAGUUUGAAAGUUACCUCCGGGACUGCCCAGACCCUUGUAUCGGCUGGUGAGCACACAUGGCCUACUGGACAUACUGAGACCGGAAGAUGUGUUCUCUGGCACGGCUCAUCUUCCACAGGCUAAGACUCAAGGCCUGUUGUCUUUCGUCAUGAGAUGUCCUCAGCGUGUCUGCAGUUUACAGACUGUGUCUGUGGUUUGCCUGUUUUCAUCAUCAUCACUCCCAUUUACAGAGCAGUUCUUUAGGGAUGCACGCUGUGUGGAAUUUGCCAGUUCAUUUCACUUUGACACUGGGGGAGAGGUACCCUGACCUCUGUGGAACAGAUCAAGGUCCUUUGCUGGUGUUAGUCCAGUGCCCUGUGUGAUUGAUGUAUACGUUCAUUCACCUUUCCUUUUUGACCUGGAUUAUUUAUGUUUUUCUGUAUACCAGUAUUUUCCUCCUGGUUCUCUAUCAGAAUCAGCAUGUCAUUCACCUUCGCGGUUAGUGACAGCAAUGUGAUUUCACUAUGCUUGUCUGGGGUUUCUGAGAUAGACAACAUUAUCUUAAUGGAUAAUACACCUUUGACUCUGAAAAUAGUAUUUGGGAGGGUUACAAAAUAAUCAUUAUAUAAACAGUAUUUUUCUAGAGAAUAAAAUUGUUCUCGUUUUCCUAAUUAUUCUACCUUCCAGUAACCCCAGGAAGUUUCUAGCUCAAAAACAUGAGUUCAAGAACUCAGCAAGCUCAUUAUUAUUGUAUGUAUAAUCCAUUUAAUAAUUGUUUCAUUUUUCAUUCUAAUCAACAUAUUUUUUUAACUUUUCAUACAAUAUAGUUAUUAACAAGAUUUUUCAGAAAUCAACCUAUUUAUGAAAAACGCUAACAGAACUUGUUCACCUUUCUUUCACAGUCGACAGUGAAAUGUGUGCUGUUUGUGCCAGACUGUACCCAUUUAAUUUUGUACAAUCUUGUUUUCCCAGGAUGCCCAAUAAACAGUCACUGGCAGUCAUGUCAGCACUCAUGCAUGCUGGCUGGGUGUGUGCCUGUGUGGCUUUGAGGGUGGGGGUCAUUAUCAAGAGAUACACGCUGAGCAUCAUAUCUAGAUUAAACAACAAGGGUUAUGCAAGCAGGUUACUAAACAUAUGACUUAAAUGGUCACAAUCUGUCAUGACUAAUACUUACCUCUUAACCUAGUAGUGCCGACCCAGUUUGCAGGUAUGCAAAGGCAACUUUUCCCCCCCGAGACUGCACACAGGUGCUUCUACGAUGCCAGCGUCUCCAAGAUUGUUAUAGAGAAGGAACAGGAAAUCACAAGAGGAUUUGUAUUACAGUAAGAUUCUACGGUAGUCACAGUGGUACAUGGUAAUCACAUGGAAUCUGAGGUUGAGAGGUGUCAGUAGAAUAAUUAGAAGUCGAAGACCAGCCUGGGAUACAUGGGACAGUCUCUAAGAACCAAAAUCAUAAAAAUAGAAUAACAUUCAAUUAAUGGAAAAAAGAUUCCAAUUUUAACCCUUUCAUAAGAAUGAAAUGAGAUAAAAAUGAAUCCGUGAUAUGUAGUAUGCCUUGGUAGAACGAUUAUAGUAUGUGACAUUCUUCUGAUUGCUACAUGCUGCUAACUUAGGAGUAAGUCAAUGACUUGGAAUAACUGGCAUUAAAAUUUUAGUAGCAUUGUUUAGUGGUGAAGCAGCUUUUAGACAGUGUAUUUAGUCUAAGCUUGUUUAUACAGGUGUUUACACAUAACUGUAUAGCUAGACUAGAAGGUGGUGGCUGGGAGGGUAUUAGCCAUGUUGACAGUCGUUUCCCCUGAUGAAUGGUCAGGGCUAGUAAGACUCAGGCUGGACCCCAAGCAUAGAAAGUAACCUACCUGCUUAAUAUUUAGGAAUAUGACUUUGUUGUUGUUGUUCAUUUGCUUUUUUGUUUUAAGGCAAAGUCCUAGGGCCCUGGCUAGCCUCAAAAUUGUGAUCCUCCUGCUUCAAUCCACAGUGCUGUGACUCAGGCAUGAGCCAUCAAACUGGGUUUAGGAAUUUUGAUUUCAAAUGGGGUCCCACACUUAACUAGUAUGCAUCCGGCCCUAGGUUCAAUCCCCAAUACCACCAAAAAAAUUGUUAAAGUAAGAGGCUGGAGAGACAGUGUAAUGAUUAAGAGCUCUUGCAGAGGACUCAGGUUUAUGACCCAGCACCCAAAUGGUGGCUUACAACUGUCUGUAACUCCAGUUUUAGGAGAUCCAACAGCCUCUGCUGGCCCCCAUGAGUAACAGUUUCUUAUAUAGUGCACAUACAUGCAUAUGUACAAGCAAAUACAUACAAAUAAUAUUUUCUUAAAAAUCAAAUAGAACUCUAGGAUAGCUCACCUUGCUGACAGGUACCACAUAUGCAGAACUCAGUGUAUCGGGCUCUGUAACAGAGAACAGCUCUGCAUGCAGCAGCUUGCCUUCUCAACAAACCCGUUAUGCUUGAAGUCCUACUUGACAGUGAGAAAAGGAAGGCUGAGUUGCUCAGUUACACUAACAGGGAGAGGAGCUGGGAUUUGAGCCAGACGUGUCCAACUCUUGGGCUUUUAGCAUGACACUGUAUUUCAUAACUACAGGUAGCACAACAAGCAGGCUUGACGUGGGAGGCUUCCGCUUGGGCUUCUGUGUCCAAAGCCACCAGCCACGUUGGCUCUGUCAUCUGCUGUUUCUUUGUAAAACAAGCUUCCAUAGGGAUCAGAAAGCUGAGAUCAGAAAUUGUUGUUUGUGUUGUCUCUGAGAACACAUGAUUUUCACUUCUACAAUCUCAGAUGUGCUUAAUUCGUCUUGGGGACUUAGAAUUAAAGACCCAGUCUUUCUGUGACCGACACAGCACUACAUUAGAAACACCAAGUUUGGGUUUCGGGUCUGAUUGCAAAGCCCAGGCACUUGCUAUUGAAGUCAGAGUACGUGAGUCAUUAGUUGAUGUAAAUUGACUUACAUUCACCAUCUUAGAACCAUGGGCGUUGGAGGUGGCCAGAGGUCCUAGACUCUCUCAUACUGUGCACUAGCUCUGCCAGCAAGCCAUGGAGGUGUGGCUGGCCCUGAGCCAUGAACACAGCAACUUGUCAGCCUUUGGGGAUGCUCUCCUUCUUGGACUGGGAAAGCAGGGUUUCCUAGCCAGCUGUUACAAGGCAGACUGAUUUGCUUGGGCAAUUUCCCACGGCAUUUCUACAUACCAUGAGAAAAGUUUACAUCAGACUCUGGAAGGAUUUGCUUUGAAUAAUAAAGAUUCUUGUCUCUCCACAGGGCAAAAGUUGGUCAAGCUGACUAGAAUAGCUCUUCAUGUAUUCCCGGUAGUUUCCUAAGCAUGAGAUGAUGCCACAGUUAUGAUACAGGUCAUGUGAAGUACAGCAUCCACUUGGCCUAUCCAUUACAUCCUUGGAAGACUUGGGAGUAAGGCAAGUGGAACAGAUGCAAACACAGAGGUCCUUAACUUUGGCCAGAAGUACCAUCAACCAUUAGGCUGUGUGGCAGGCUAGAUGCUUGAGCUUGCAAGCAGGGUAAGAUCUUAGAUCAUUCAUGGUUCUUGUGACCUCAUGUUGCACUUGUGCUAUAGAUAUUCCUUGAGAUACUGAUCACUGAGCUUUUUAAAAAGAGCAGCUGGGCAGGGACCCAUGCAUGUAAGCCCUUGGGACAGCUGCUGCCUUCCAGGCUUCUUUGACGCUAGGGCAAAGUGAAUGCUGUAUAUUACAAUUCCUCAGGGUCUCAGCAGACUGGGGAAGGAGUGGCAUACAAGACAUGAAGUAAAUUGAUGUAAAUCAUUUGCCUUGUUGACCCAAAGGGCCUGAACCAACUGAGUUUUGCAUAGUGGAUCUCUACAUAAACAUAUCUAGCUUUCAGCUAUACCUUUUUUUCUGAGAACUUCAACCUGCCUUGGUGGUCCUGGUUCUUUCUUACCGAUAGUGGUGAUAUCUGGAAGCUGCUGCUUCCUUAAAAAAGGCUGAGUAUGACCUAGCAGGUGUCUGAGGACCUAGCUUUCUGCAAAUGUCAUCACUAUCCAAGUGACAAGAGUCCAGUGAAGCAUCUAGAAGAAUUUAGGUUCCAGGUACUAUGGAGCCCAGCACACAACACUUUUGAGAGGUGAGUGGGAGGUGCAGAGGUAUUGGAUCCUGGUAGAUUUGGCUCUAAGGACAUAACUAGAACCUUUGCAGCUGAUGUGGAAGCAUCCAAUCUGGUGGCCCUGAUUAUACCAAAAAAAUGCAUCUGCAGUAGGGAACAACUAUUUAUAAGUAAAGGCUGUUAAAGAAAAAUUACUCACCAACAACAAGAGAUGGUUGAAUGGUUUAAAGGCCUUUAUCUUGUGAUGUCAGAUACUGAAUCCAGGACCUCACACAUGCUAGCCAAAUGCUUUACCUCUGAGAUAACUAUGUGAUAAAUUUAAGGCAAUACUGUACAAUCAUUCAACAGUUUUUCAGAAGCUAAAAUUACAUGUAAAAAUUCAAUGGCUAUUUUUUUCAUUGGUAAAGACAUUUAAAUUCUUAGUACCCAUGUGGUAGAGGAAGAGAGCAACUCCAUGAAGUUGUCCUCUGACUUCCACAUGUGUGUUAUGGUGUACACAACAUUAAAAAUAGUUUUAAAUAUUGCCACACGAUUAUGCUUCUAAAUGGAUACACUACAUAAAUGUUAAGGCCAAACUUGAUAGCACAUCUGUAAUCCCAGUACUUGGGAGGGUCAGGAGUUCAAAGGCAUCCUCAGCUAAAUUGCUUAGUUUGAGGCUAGCCUGAGCUAUGUUGAGACCUAGUCUCAAAAACAAAAUAAACUAAGUGUCAAUAAGACUUGGUCAAGAAUUGAUUUGCAAUUUCAGACAUAAACUAUGCUGAUAAAAUGUUAAGAAAUUCUGUACCUUUGAAUAUUUGAUAUGUAACUUUCCUUGAUACUUUUUGUAUGUAUUUCAUAACUUAAAGGAAAUAGAAUGAAUUUUUUCACUAUGUCUCCUCCAGUUUACCUCAGCAUGUCUUAUAAAUACUAUUAUUUAAUAUGUAGAGGGUGUGCUAUUUCACAUGUGGUGGUCAGAGGACAACUUUGUGAGCUGGCUUCUCCACCAUAUGUGUUGCAGGAAUAGAACUCAGGUCAUCAGCCUUGGUGGCAAUUCUCUUCCCCACUGAGCCACGCCAUCAGCCCACAACCAUCAUGCCAUACCAUGCAAACAGACUGGAAAAUGUUGGAAGUCUGAUUGCUUCACCCGUGGGCUGACUGGAGACUUAACUGUCUUGUGGUUUCAUAUUUACCUUUGUAAAAUAAAUGUUCAACAGUGAUUUUCUCAGGGUUCCUUUCUGUUUAGGAAUCUAGUCAAGAUGUUUCUCAACAUUGCAGGCAGUUCAACAGAAGCCAUUAGGUGCCUCAGGGCUGUUGUAGCGUUACUCACACAGAUGCAUGGGUGAACUCAACAAAAUUUUUCUUGGCAAGUAUUUAAAAGUGGUGUUGCUCGACUUGACUGGAAUCAUGUGAACUGCCAGUACAGAAUGGUCUCCACAUGUGCACACCUGAGUAUACCACACAUACAAACACACAAAAAUAACGUGCCUAAGCACGUGUAAGCUUGUAUGGUUAAUCUGUUCAUUAACUUGAAUUUUUUUUAUUGACAAGACACUGUCAGUGAAUACUGCCAGUUGUAACUCAUUCUAUUUUUCUUUUCUUCUCUAAUAUAUUACAUCCCCAGCCGGUUUUCCCUUUCUCCUUUCUGUCCUCCCCACAACCUCCUUUUUACCCCAGAUCCACUACUCCUCUUCCUUUAGAAAAGUGGAGGCCUCUCAGAGAUAUCAACCAAACAUGGCAUACCAAGUUAUAAUAAGACCAGGCAUAUCCCCUCAUUCUAAGGCUGGAUGAAGCAAUCCAGUGGGAGGAAAGGGGUCUCAAAAGCAAGCAAGAGCCAGAGACAGCUCCUGCUCCAACUGUUAGUAACCCCACAAGAACACCAAGCUACACAUCCAUAACCUAUAUGCAGAGGAUUUAGGUCAGACCCAUACAAGGUUUCAUGAUUGUCACUUCAAUUCUGAGAGCCCCUAUGAGCCCUCCUUGUUAGUUGACUCUAUGGGCCGUUUUCUUGUGGCAUCCUUGUUUUAUUUCAUAAACUAGGUAAAAGCUAUGGUACAAUGUGAAAUGGAGUAAUUAAUGGCACUUUUCUAGAUUUUAAUAGAAUAGGUAUCUUAUGCUUUCAUUACUAAAAAUGCUAGUAAGAGGGAGGGGCUAAAGAGAUGGCUCAGCAGUUAAGAGCACUGAUUGCUUCUCCAGAGGUCCCAGGUUCAAUCCCAGCCCCCACAUGGAAGCUCACGACUGUCUGAAAAUCCAGUUCCAGAGGAUCCAACACCCUCACAGACAUUCAGUCAAAACACCAAUGGAUAUAAAAAUAAAAAUCCUUUAAAAAAAAAAAAGAGUGCUAAUAGGAGGUUUGGAAGAAAUAAUCUCUAGUUAGAUGGCUCAGAGAUUGAGAGCUGGCUGCUCUUCCAGAGGACCUGGGUUCCAUUCCCAGCACCCGCACUGCAGCUCACAACUGUCUAUACCUCCAGUUCUAGGUGAUCUGACACCCUUACAGUCACACAUGUAUGCAAAUCACUAAUGCACAUAAAUUAUUUUUUUAAAUUACUUUUUCACAUGAGUUCAUAGACACUGAAACAGCAAGCACAGGGUCUACACCAGGUCCUUUGUGUAUGUACUAUAACUAAUAGCUUAGUAUUUUUAUGAGACUCCUGACUGAGAAUGGGUGGGUCUCUGACUUUUGUGCCAGCUUUUGGGACCCUUUUUCUCCUACGGUGUUGCAGUAUCCAAUUUUGUUAUGACAGUUUUACUUCUGUCACUUUUGGUUGUUAUCCUUAGAAACCUGAUCUAACGAGAGAGAAGGAGUGGGCCCAGAGAGGAGCGUAGGUACGGAGGAACUCGGAGGAGAGGAAAAAACUAUAACAGGACAUACUGUACGAAAAAAGAAUCUAUUUUCAAUGUGAAGAAAAUAAGACAAAAGGAUUUAUAUUCUUUAAAAAAAUGCCUUUUUAGUAACUUUUUUAUUGCAGUGGUCUUGGGGUUCUCUCUUCUGGGGUAUACAUAUGUGAGUCACAUUAGUGGGUUGUUUAGUGUUAGUCUACCUCAACACAUGGAAUAAAUCCAAUAAAAUUCAUCUUGCCAAACAAAUACACCUGAACUGUUAUUUCCCUUCUUCACAUUUGUUCUUAGGUGACUGUGACAUCCAGGCAUCAACUUGACAGCUGAAAGAUACUCCCCUUUUCAGUUUUAGUAAUCUUUACUACUGCCGAAUUCAUCCUCUUUUCCUCUGCAUCCUCCCUCCUUCAGUCCUUUCUCCUCCCCUUUUGCAGAGCUGGUGAUCAUGGGACUUCCUAUAUGCUAGCCACUCUACUCCCAAGAUACAUGCCCAAUUCCUUCCAAGCAUACUUCUCACCCUACAGUUUAAGCAGCCAUUUUGGUCAUUGUUGCCACUCAUGUUCACAGUGAUAAAAGCCAGGGUCGUUCAGUUUCCUUGACAUGCUCUCUACCUGCUGUUCCCCCUAAAUGGCUAUUUUUAAAAUGGGAAUCAAAGUUGUUCUCAAAUCACGAAGGGCACACCAUAUGGGUUAAUAUAACAGUGACAAACUUCAUUCACCUUUUCUAGUGAUCUAUCUUGUCAUUACCCUCUUAACCUCACCCCUAUUUUAGAUUGUACUUUCUGAUGUACAGACAUACCUGAGUUUAUGUGUUCCAGGUGCAUGCACAUGCCCACAGGAGCCAGAAGAGGGCACCAGAUCCCCGAGAGCUGGAGUUGCAGGUUGUGAGCUGUGAACUGAACCCCGAUCCUCUUUAAGAGCAACAGGCACUCUCUCUAACUGCUGAGCAUUCUUUCUAGCCCUUACUCCUAUUUUAAAAAUAAAUGACACCACACUUUCUACCGAGAUUUAGAAAAAAGUCCACUGAAGGGGUACUGACAGCUAGAAUAUUAAAAGCCUUUAAUAUUUUUAUUUAAUAAAACUACAUGUUUGCACAAUUUCUCCUUUAUCAGUCUGCUACUUCAAUAAUUUCAUAGCAUUUUUCAUUAAAAAACCAUCUUCAUAUCUGGUCUAGAAAAAUAGAAUUUAGAGAGCUUGACAAAAUUGUGGGUGUCCUACUUAAUCAUUGCAGCAAAAAUAUACAAUGAUACCAGGAAGUUGAUGCAGAAUGCGUAUUACAAUCUGUCCUAUCCAUCUGCUUAGAAACCAACAAUCUGGGAAAUGUCAAAUAAGACAUAUCACUAGAAACAUGCACUGGGCCAGUGAGAUGGCUCUGAGGGUGAAGGUACUUGCUGCCAAAGCUGAAGAUCUGAGUUCAAUCUCUGGGACCCAUAUGGUAGAAGGAGAGAACAGACUAAUACAAAUUGUCCUCUGACCUUCCCACAUGUUCACCACAGUACACACACAUCCCUUCAUACAUUAAAUAAACAUAAUGUAUAUAUACUAUAUAAAUAUAAUUAUUCACUGUACAUAUGCUUGUUUACUAGUUUGAUAACACGGAGCCCCUUUGAUCAGAAUAUUCUCUGCAUGUCCCGCUCAAAGCCAAUUCGUUACUACCAGGAAACCAGUAACGGAUAAGAGUCUACUAACCUUAAGGUCAGAGGUAGUUAGCUAGAAUAGAAUUCCAAUUGCUUUCAGGAGCUGACAUAAGACUGUUUUAUGUUGUUUCAUGAUGGAUUAGUUAUUAGGAGUGAAUGAUUGGUGAUUGUUACAGUAACACCUCUCUUCUAAAGCAAAUCUGAAAAAGUAUGCUUCCUUAAGUACACAAAGACUUUACUAUAUCAUACUUAACAUUUAUAUUCUAUCAGAUAUUUUCAAGCCAGGAAAGAUAGAUGCAAUCUCAAAAUAUCUUUUUUAUGUAUUUAUCAAAAGUAUUUAUAAAAAAAACAAUAGAAAUGGGAAAUAAUAGAGAACGUGCUCUUGUAAGAAAAAUACUCUCCAGUGACACCUUUCAAUAGUCAGUCUAUCAUUUUUCAUGUUCUGAUUUUUUUUUUUAACAUUAAACACUACCAAGAAAGACGCAGUUCUGGAAAGAAUUCUAAAGCACAGUGCAUAUAUCAAUUUAAAUAAAAAUGCAAUUCAGAGUUCUAUGUAAGAUAUACAUUUAUUAACAGUGAAAAAGCAUUUACCCAAAGUGAGUGUUACAGAAUACAGAGUGCCUCCACAGUCUGGGUAGUUCACUGCUGUAGCAUUAUCUCUACAUAGAUUUAUAUCUUACUCAUCGGGAUUCUUUGUCUCUCUCUAUCACUAACCAAAAUUUUAACUUAAAAAUUAAGACAAAGGGGAAUACUUAAUUAAUUUAACUUUUGAGCAAUACUUACUAGAAAAAACAUAUUAUAUACAUUAUGUGUUCUCAACCUCUGGGUAUUUUAAAACUAAAUUAUCUACUAAAAUAUGAAAAAAAACCAUACUAGACAGCAGCUAUAACAUCAAUCAAAUAAACUAGUUUGGUAAAGUUCAUAGGUACCAUGGUAAUAGCUAACGUAUUAAAUACAAUUCUGCCACUGUAUGCAUGCAGAGAGAGAGAGAGAGGGAAAGGAGGGAGGAUGCACUGAAUUAUGUAAGGCUUGCCUUGAGGGUUGAAACGGUUUGCUUUCAGUCUGGAAAACAUAAAGCUUUCUGUACAUAUAAAUUAUUGUUCUAAUGUCCCCCGAAGUCAGUCCAACUGGGUAAGAAUCCUUGAUUCUGGAUUGGUAGUUUUCCAAAUAAACUUGAAUGAAGUUCAAGAUAUAUGGACUUAAUUUAAAUAACAAUACAAUAAAAGUCCUCACAGGGAAAUCAUCAUCAUUUGAUAUUCCUUGACUAGACAUUUAUAUUAAGCUAUCAAGCAAGUGAGAAUUUUAAAGGAAUACCACCAAGUUCUUACAGGGUAUUUUAGACAACUAUUAAGAAAUUGAAGAGGAUAUUUGGAACUAUCUUUCACACUAUUGCUUUUCAAGUAAAAAUUUGUAAAACUGACUUCUUCACGGCUAGCUGGCUCUGCAAUAAUUACUACCAGAUCAGGGCUGUGGUAAGCACGGAUGGACUCAGAAGACAAAGCACUCUUUAAAGUUGGUUUAUUAAGUGAUGAAGAACUCACAGGGACUUUCUUGACACUUGAACUUGCUUCUCUCUCACGACACACAAAAUCAACUCUUAGGCUUUGGUUUUAAAUUAUCAUCUCAAAAGGCAUAUUUAUCCAAAGGCAUUAAUGUUCUGUUACAUAAAUUUAGUUCUAUUUAUUCUACUUAAAAGAGUUUGGUUUUUUCAUUUUAUUAGAAUGCUACUUGUCUGUACAGAAAUACUCCCUACAUUUAUAUAAAGCUUCUGUAUUAAUUUUUAGAAUGAAGCAACAUAGAACAGGAUUUGCAACUCUGGAAAAUAUUAAUCUAAUAGAUAAUUUUGUGAUGUUCUAACAUCAUCUAAACUUCGUACACAAUCUAGAUGAUUGACAUAUUUAUGAAUACUCUACAGAUUCCUGGUUACCUUUAUAAAAUCUACGUUAUUCUUACACAGGACCUGGAGGUGACUACAAGAACAUCAGACCCAAAAGCAGCAACACUGCCUUUAUUCAGAAGACUGGUCUAAGGCUGGGCUUCAGAUUAAAUAAUGUAUUUCUCUAAUUCUUGGCCACUGCUGUUUCUGAAGAGUGUUAAGUUACAUAAAACAGCAAUUUGCUGCACAGAAUUCAACAAAAUUUCCCAAAAGCGUACUUUACAGAUAAGUUCAAACUUUAUUUAAAACUACAUUUUAAAGUUAACAUACCAAACAUCACAAUGAAGGGCAGGGGUCAAGAUCAUAACAAAUAAUAAUAAUAAUAAUAAUAAUAAUGAUA